AUUCGCGUUUUCUAAUGGAUUCGCAUUGUUUCAGGGUGAAUAUGGAUCCGCAGCAAGUGAAUAAUGAUGAAAUACGUGACAAUUUGUCCAGAAGUCGAUCAUCGCUUUCCGCUCAUUUUCCGCAAAUUCCUUCAUCAAUGCACGAUGGGAUUCAAUCGUUUUUUGGGGGUUCAAAUACGGAAUAUCAAAAUCAAUCGACGUCCGCAAGUUUUCCGAAUGAUCGAGUUUCCAUGUCAAGUUUUGAUGAGAAUCACGAGGCAACGGAUGCUGAUGGAAAUGAAAGAGAUCAAUUGCUUGGCUCCCAAAGGAACAUUCGUGAAAACCUUCAACACUUCCGAAACAGCUUAGACAAUACACGGGAAGGACAGACGGUUGUGAGCAUUACAAAGAGCAUAUUUCCCUUCUUGGCGCUUUUCGCUGCAAAUUUCGUGUUUGACCAUUUGUAUGAGAUAUUUCAAUUCAUCGUUGUAUAUCUUAUCUUUGUUCAAGCUGAUGUCAUUGUUCAGAAAAUGAUGGCUGGAGGAAUUGCGAACAAAAUCUUUCAAGUUGUAUACUUUUUUGGAUACACUAUUGUCACAGUUGUUUACUUGCGCAAUUAUUCACUGGAUGACUUUGAGUUUUCGAACACAUUUGGAUUAAAUAUUUCGUACUUCAUGAGCGGCGAGUACAAAGAACUUUCAAUGUCAUCAACGCUAUACGGAGUUGUGAUGACGGACACCUUUUUCAAGCUGAUUACUAUUCUGCCAAAGUCAUUAAUUGUAAUAGUUCCGGACACUUAUGUAACAACAUCAUUCAAGAGAAAGGUCCUACAAUUGCUGGAAUACUGCUCUCAGCUAUACCGAUGUGCUCUUCCCUUUGGACCAUGGCUCCGGCACUUCUUGUUUUCGAAUCCUGGUUCCGGAGUUAUGAUCUACUUUUUCUCCAUCUCUUACUUCUCUCUUAAGGUCGGAGAAGUCUAUCGAUACUCACUUUCAGUGAAGAAAUCAGUCGGAAACUUGUUAACGGACAGCUCAGUAGGAACAAAAUCCGUGGAUCACGAGGAACAGCCAUGCGCGGUGUGCCAUGGAGAUUUGUUACAGCCAAUCAAGCUAGAAUGCACACACGUAUUCUGCAAGUUUUGUAUCGAGACCUGGCUGGAUCAGAAGUCAACAUGCCCAAUUUGCAGAGCUGAAGUAACUAAAGAUGCUGAUAACGAUUGGAAAAACGGCGGCACCAGUCUUGCACUUCGCAUGUUCUAACGCAGCUUCUUAACCUAUUUUGUAAAAAUUGUAUACCUUUUUGUUUCUUCUCCCAACCAAAUUCCGUCCAACAUGUGCUCAAUCUUGGUGGCAGUAACUAUCUGCGCCAACUAUCGAAUCGCUUAAUUGUGUGAAGUCGGGUGAAAAUGUCAUUCAAUACAUUUUAUAUUGUAGUUUUUAGUUUUUGUAUGAUGUAUUUAUUUUGUGAACCAAUGACUAUAAAUAUUUGAUUCUCAAAAA